CACGAUGCCGACGCGCGCCGUGCAAGCGCACACCGAGUCCGGCGGUGCCUGGGAUUGGGUGGAGGGAGUGGUGGCUGCGGACGGAGUCACAGGAUUGGUAGAGUUCAGCACCAAAGUUGUUGACUCAUAGCUGAGCAGCCCCUCUCCAUCCUUCUCGGCGCGGAGCUGUCCAGGGCCAGUGGUGCUGAAAGUCCCAGUCUCCGACGCGUCGUCGGAAUAAUUUCAUACUUUUUACGCUUUGAUUGCUCUCAGCGAUCCUUUGAAAGUUACGAGCUCUAUUCUGACACUUGAAGACGUCUCGUUUGAACGUCACUUGGUUGAUAUCCGUCCAUCAUAAUCGCUCUGUCCAAGAGCGCAUCGCAACUUCAACUUCUUAAACGAUCAAACAGAGGACUCUCCAAAGCGCAGCCAUGGCUUUCAUGGUAAAACACAUGGUGGGAGGACAGCUGAAGAACCUGACAGGCGGACUGACGGAGGAGAAAGCCGAAGGGGAGAAAUCAGACGCUGCCGCGCAGGGGAUGACUCAAGAGGAAUUUGAACAAUAUCAGCAACAGUUAGAGGAGGAAAAAAAAGAACGAGAAGCUCAUUAUGCCCAGAAGAAAGCUGAGAGAGCCACCAUUAGAACUCAUUUCCGGGAAAAGUACAGACUACCAAAGAAUGAGGUAGACGAGACCCAAAUCCAGCAAGCCGGGGACGACGUGGUGCUGCCCACAGAACUUGCCAAGAUGAUCGCUGAGGACAACGAGGAGGAAACACACAAGCAGUCAGUGCUGGGCCAGCUGUCCAACAUCCAGAAUGUGGACAUCGACCAGCUGAAAGACAAAGCCCAGGCCACACUGGAAGACCUCAAAAAGCAGACGGAAAAUUGCAGCGUGAUGUGAUCUGGCCAACUCUGAGCCCCAGGAGAUUAGAGUUUUUCUUGUACAAAUAUUUUUCAGAGGCAGAGCUGCUCUGGGGGUAGACGUUUUCUCAUUGCUGUAGUGGAAUGUCAGUUGGCAGAGCCACGCAUUAACAGUUUUUUAUGGUUGUGCAAAGUUAAACAGAAGCCUUAUAGUACGGUAUCUUGGCCACAUCUUACUAGCCUACUAUAUAAUUCUAGCCACAAUGACAUCCAGGUGAGAGCUUAAUUUGCUUGCCUCCUGACCACCCAGUAUCUUAAAGGUCAUGAAUGUCAUCCAUAUUUUUACACAAAUUGCCAAUUAGCCAAAAAAUGUGAGUCUUCUCACUGAGAUUUAUCCAAUUAAAAUAUCUCUGCCUUUAGAGCAGUUCCUCCUCUGAGAAAGGUUUUUCCAGUGUAUUAAAUCCUGUACUCCCUCCAUUCCCUCUAACCUCCCCAGCUCUCUGUACCUCAUGUGACCUGUGAUAACACAAUAUGAUUCCGCAGCAGAGGUCGCAGGUGUGUGUGUGUGUGUGUGUGUGUGUGUGCAGGAUUUCAUUGCUUCCAAACACACGGCAACUGAUUUCAGUGAUGAACACAUGCACUUUCAAUAAGAGCAUCACUGAGAUCAGCUGCCUCGUUGGACUGAAAGUACACACGUAAACGAUGCUGACGCCGGUUCACGUGUUAUGUUAAAUUUGGGGAAGUUAAUUUAGGUAAAAUAAAAUAAAGGAUCUCUUUGUUAAUAUUUAAUGUACAAAAGCACAACGUGGUCAAAAUGGGCUGAUCUUGGUCAAAAAGUAGCUUGCUAAUGUUGCUGCAUCAAUUUAAGUUUUAAUCUUUUCCUAGACAUAUCAUUUCGAUUUUUCUGUACUUCAGCGUGCCUCGGACGUCCGUACAAGGUUGUCUUCUUUUGAGCUCCAAAAUCUAAAAGCUACUUUUUACAAAGAUGAGCCUUCUUGAUUGUUUAUUUCUGGAGGGAGUUUCUUAUAUUUUAUGUUUAAAAACUACUAAUAAUUAUCAAGGAAGCACAGAUGAUGUCUCGGUGAAGGUCGGGAUAGAUUUGCUGCAUUUUUUUUGUAGCUUGUACGUUCAGUCAGUCUGUUCCCAAAUUUAAUCCAGCAUCCAUAUCAACUAUAUUGGAAGUAUAUCUGCACAUAUGCUGCAUUCAUAGGUUAAAAGAAUAAAAGCUGCUCAGUUAGGAGAAAUGUAAAUGCUUUACAAGUUGUACGCCAAAGCCUGUGUUGAUAACACUCUGACCAACAUAAAGGAAAAGGCACAAAUAUGUCAAAAUGUGUAACCGCAGGGUGUGUGUGUGUGUGUGUGUGUAUAAAUCCAACUACAGAGUUCGCAUACAAGUAUUUAUGUUCUGUAAGAUGUACAGGUAUCUGUUUGCCUAUACUGUCAACAGCGAGUCAUUCUGUUUUCAUCAGCUCAUCGGGUCUUAUAGUGUUCUUGACCGUCAGGUGACCUUUAACCUGUCCUCCAUCUCAUUGACCCCUGCGUCUCGGUAGUGCUGUUUUGUGUUGGUGGAUUUCGUGUUGUUCGGCCGAUGUGAUGCGUCAAGUGGUGUCUUUGUAAAAAACAAAAAAAAAAAAAACUGCUGCAGCCAGGAGUGCUCAUCAUAGUAUUACAGAGCACUCAGUUAGUGUGGGCUUACUGCAGUACUGUUGAUUACUAGCCAAGUUUAAGUGAAGGUAUGGGUGACUUAAGGGAGGAUGCUGAUGUUGUAAUGUUACAUUCAUAUUUGCUACAUUUUGCCAGUGUUCAGUUUAUGUAGCAGUGGUGAUGAGAGUGAUGUUGGCUUUGAUCUCACAUUCAUCUCCAAUCUGAUUCCUGUUAUGAUUCUACUGCCAAAAUCAUUAUUCCCCCCCCCCCCCCUUGGGGUUACUUAAGUUUUUAAGUUUAAACAGUGGCCAAAAAUAUUUCGUUAAUUUAUUCCAUGAGUUGUAAUUGCCACACUGUAGGUGCCACGCCUACUACCGAAUGAAAACUGAGACAACACUUUUUCAGUAUAGUGGUUACUGUCAUGUGUUAGAUGAAAAAUAUAUUCAGAAUAUUUCAAUAAUAUGAAGCAGAGGAAAAGUUGCAAUAAGUCCUUUUAGAAAUAGAGCUACUAGAAUAUGUCAUGUUUGAUCAUGAGACAAUAUUCGUGGAUGGAAACGAAGCCAUAAAGCAAAACGUUUUGCUUUGUAUGCGUGUUUGUGACUUGAAUUAACAAUUUAAUGACUCAAUAAUAAUAACAGUAUACAAAAAUAUAUAUGAUUAUAUAUAUGAUUUCUGUGGUGUCAUCCUGUGGAACAGAUUUUUUCAGGAAAUGGCUGCCAUGACACGCAGUUUCUUCUUUGGCAGUUUUUUUUUUUUUUUUGGUUCUCACUGUAUCUCUGUCAUUCUGUCUGAAGGUAUUUCAGUGAGUUUUAACUGCAAUAAAUUUUUUUUUAUUAUAAUUUAA